AAUCCCACUUGGCUUCACAUCUAUGACUUCUUCAAACUCGUAGUCAUAAGGGUACUACUAUUACAACUCUGCUUUAUUAUGUACUGACUUUGAAACUAACAGAAGAAGAGAAAAACAGAGAGUUUGUUAAGUGUGGAGAAAGGAGAAGAGAACUGUGUUGUUGUAGUCUUUUCCUUGGUCUUUUGAUUAUCUUAUGAGUACCAUGGAGCGUUAUGAGAUUGUGAAAGAUAUUGGGUCUGGGAAUUUUGGUGUGGCAAGGCUGGUCAGGGAUAAGGGGACAAGAGAGCUUUUUGCUGUUAAGUUCAUUGAGAGAGGCCAGAAGAUUGAUGAACACGUACGAAGAGAGAUCAUGAACCACAGGUCAUUAAAACAUCCUAAUAUUGUUAGAUUCAAAGAGGUACUUUUAACUCCAACUCAUCUGGCCAUUGUGAUGGAGUAUGCUGCUGGUGGAGAGCUCUUUGAAAGAAUAUGCACUGCUGGUAGAUUUAGUGAAGAUGAGGCAAGAUUUUUCUUUCAACAACUAAUAUCAGGAGUCAGUUACUGUCAUUCAAUGCAAAUAUGUCAUAGAGAUCUUAAACUUGAAAAUACUCUCCUAGAUGGCAGCACAGCUCCCAGAGUGAAAAUAUGUGAUUUUGGAUACUCAAAGUCAUCUGUGCUGCAUUCUCAGCCAAAAUCUACUGUUGGUACACCAGCUUACAUUGCACCUGAGGUCCUCUCUAAAAAGGAGUAUGAUGGAAAGAUUGCAGAUGUUUGGUCAUGUGGGGUAACCUUAUAUGUGAUGUUAGUGGGUGCUUAUCCUUUUGAGGAUCCAGAAGACCCAAGAAACUUUACAAAAACAAUUGGGCGGAUACUUAGUGUUCAUUACUCAAUUCCUGAUUACGUCAGAAUCUCCCUGGAAUGUAAGCAUCUUCUAUCUCGAGUAUUUGUGGCCAAUCCUGAAAAGAGAAUUACUAUCCCAGAAAUUAAAAACCAUCCAUGGUUUCUAAGAAACUUGCCUAUAGAAUUUAUGGAAGGAGGGAGCUACCAGAGCACUGAUGUUAAUAACCCAUCUCAGAGCAUUGAAGAAGUGGUUUCUAUUAUACAUGAGGCAAGCAAAGUUGUUGAGGCUCCCAAGCUUGGUGGGGGUUUAAUGGGAGGGAGUAUGGAUCUUGAUGAUCUGGAUAUUGAUGCAGAUGUAGAUAUAGAUAUAGAAACUAGUGGUGACUUUGUGUGCCCUUUAUAAAAUAUAUAAUUACCAUGUAAAUAAACACAUUGUCACAAACAUACAUGUUCUUCUGUUGUACAAUGUACACUUUGGCUUUGGGGAAACUGGAAAGGAGGGAUUCCCUUUUUCUAUGAAUUUUUUCCCUCUGUUAGCAUAGUUUUUUUGGUGAUGUCCAUUUUUUUUUGGGGCUAAAGUGUGUGCGAGUACUAAAAUAAAAUAGUAUUGGUUAGGUAGUUAUUGGCUUCCAUUAUGAUAUGUGUACACUAAAUCCCUUGACAAUUAGCUUGCAUUGCAUAAA